CAUCCACACGUGUGAACACGCUAACAGGAUAGGGGUGUUUCUCUACAGCCACCGUCCGGACAGGGUGUUACCCGGCUCUUGAGUCGAGGCAGGGUUCACACUGAUUCUCUUCCAGGCAAUGAAUUCUUAGCGUUUCGGACGGCUGCCCCCGUUAAUAGGACAAGCGGGAGACCGGGAGACCAAGCUGCAGCCUGUCUGAGUGAGUGAACCCGCCAGAGAUGUGGAGAUAUAGGAGCACCAUAGCCUGCGUCUUUCUGCUGUCCCAAUAUGCCGCUGCGCAGAAUAAGAUCUUCGGGGAGACGGAGCCUGUGCGGAUGACCUCCGAGGGUUCCGACUGCCGCUGUAAGUGCGUCAUGCGGCCCCUAAGCCGGGACGCAUGCAGCCGGCUGCGCAGCGGCAGCGCCCGUCCGGAGGACUUCUACGCGGUGGAGACGGUCAGCUCCGGGUCGGACUGCCGGUGCUCCUGCACUGCUCCGCCGUCUUCGCUCAAUCCCUGCGAGAAUGAGUGGCGGAUGGAGAAGCUGAAGAAGCAGGCGCCAGAGCUGCUCAAGCUUCAGUCCAUGGUGGAUCUGCUGGAGGGGACACUGUACAGCAUGGACCUCCUGAAGGUACACGCCUACAUGAACAAGGUGGUCUCUCGGAUGAACGACUUGGAGGAGACCAUCAAGACCAACCUGACCAGAGAGAAUGACUUUGUGAAGGACAGUGUCAUCAACCUGACCAAUCAACUGAAGCGCUAUGAGAACUACUCAGACAUCAUGAUAAGUAUCAAGAAGGAGAUCUCCAGUUUGGGCUUGCAGCUACUGCAAAAGGACACUGCAGGCCAUGACGGCAAGUCCCAGGAGACCACAGCGGGGAACUCCAAGGAGGCCGGAAAGUUCUCGAGCAAAAAGGUCCCAGGGGCCAAUCCGCCUCCCAAGCCCGCAAAGGAGAAGUCCACAAAACCCAAGAAGGAGCCCGCAAAGGCGGUCAAGCCCAUUAAGCCAGCCGACCCUACGAACAAGACCAAGGUGGCAGGUCAUCAGCCAGGAGUCAUCAGAGGCAUUACCUACUACAAGGCUGGCAGUGUGGGGGAUGUCAAACACAGCUCCAGCACCAAAGAAGCCCCUGCCAGAGCCCAUGUGGCCCACGACUCCAGAGAGGCUCACUCCGGCGAAAGGAGCUCCGAGGCCACUGUGGAGACCACUGAAGCCAGUAAGGCGGUGCCAACGACCACCACCACCACAACCCUAGCCACACCGACAACCAGCAGCACCACUGAGUCCCCCACCACGACCACCACGGCCCGGCCCGAGAGACCAGCGCCAACCAUAGUAUUGGUGCUGGACAACUCUGAUAACAGCAGUCGGGUCGUUCCUAACCGCUCAGUGAAGGACUUGGACUGCGAGGGCACGAUAGCCUCUGUGGAGCUGCCAGAGAAACAGCACAGCUACGGGCGCAAUGAAGGAGCCUGGAUGAAGGACCCUGUCGCCAAGGACUCCAAGAUCUAUGUCACCAACUAUUACUAUGGUAACAACCUCGUUGAAUUCCGAAACCUGGAGAAUUUCCAGCAAGGCCGAUGGAGUAACUUGUACAAGCUUCCAUAUAACUGGAUUGGCACUGGUCACGUGGUCUACAACGGUGCUUUCUACUACAACCGGGCCUUCACCAAGAACGUCAUCAAGUACGACCUGAGGAUGCGCUACGUGGCGGCUUGGACUCUGCUGCACGACGUGGUCUAUGAAGACACCACGCCCUGGAAGUGGCGCGGCCACUCGGACAUCGACUUCGCGGUGGACGAGAGCGGCCUGUGGGUCAUCUACCCAAGCACCGAUGACGACUACUCUGAACAGGAGGUCAUCGUCAUUAGCAAGCUGGACCCGGGGGACCUGUCGGUGCGGAAGGAGACCACCUGGCGGACGGGCCUGAAGCGAAACUCCUUCGGCAACUGUUUCAUCGUCUGCGGCGUGCUAUACGCCAUCAAUGUCUACAAUCAGAAGGAGGGGGUGGUGUCCUACGCGUACGACACGCACACUGACACCGAGGCGGAGCCUGGGCUGGCCUUCACCAAUGAGUACUCUUUCACCACACAAAUCGACUACAACCCCAAGGAGAAGGUCCUGUACGCAUGGGACAACGGGCACCAGCUAACCUAUCGCAUCAUCUUUGUGGGCCACUGACCGCCUCAUGGCUUCCUGUGCCGCUACUCAAAUCCGUCUGUUCACCAAGCACUUUUUUUAUUCUCUGACUAGUUUUCAUUUAUAUGUCUUUAAAUACUGUUGGGUCCUUUUUUUGUGGGUGAAAGCAGUAAGAAGAGCUGUUUGAACUAUGCUAUAGAAUGUAACAUGUUCUUGAAUUAAUGUCUUUUUAAAGAG